AUGCAUUUCUAUGCCCACCGCCUGGCAUCGCGUCUCAUCAACAACCCCCCUGAUGAUGUAGAUGUGGAGGGGUGGCUCUACUUGGUCGGGAUAAACGAUCUCAAUCCAUUGGCUGUGGCCAUGGAUACCUCAAGAGAGGCACUCAGAGAUGACCGAAGAAAAAGUAUACUGAGGCCAAGAAACUCGGCAGCAAGAAAUGGCCUCAUUGCUCGUCAUUUUCAUCUUUUUCUACAGUUCAAAUACCACUCGUCCUUUGUUGUCCUGGGCACGGGGCAGACUUGGAUUCGGCCAUCUACAUGUGGAGGGGGGGUUCGCGAGCUCGUCCACUCAGCCAAUUUGGUUGGCCUCUUCAGCUCUUCCGCCUGCGCUCUACCCGAUAUUAUAUUAUGCACUUGUUAUCAACAUUGUCAUGUCAGCAUCGAGGUCGAAAUCGGUGUACUCGGCCAUAAUCAAGCUACUGACGACCCUCAACCAAAAAGUUGCUGUUUCCUAGCAUUUUCAAUGAAGCCUCACCUCAUUUUGAAGGAGAAUAUUCCAUCAAGCCUCGAGCGUAUUCGCACCUUUACUACCGAAUGGAAAGCUUGGGUCUGUGAUUUACUUCUUCUAUAUUGUGGCGAUGUAGGGAAGAGGAUUGAAGAGAAUCUCAAUGUUUAG